UUUAACCUGCAGGGUGCAGUAGAGCCCAUGCAGAUUGACGUAGAUCCACAAGAAGAUCAGCAAAAUUCACCUGAUAUCAACUAUGUGGUGGAGAACCCCACGCUGGAUUUGGAGCAGUAUGCGUCCAGCUACAGUGGGCUGAUGCGAAUUGAGCGGCUGCAGUUCAUUGCUGAUCACUGCCCACAGCUGCGGGUGGAAGCUCUCAAGAUGGCUCUGUCAUUUGUCCAGAGAACUUUCAAUGUUGAUGUCUAUGAAGAAAUCCACAGAAAACUGUCUGAGGCUACGAGAGAACUGCAAAAUACACCUGAUGCUGUCCCUGAUAGUGGAAUUGAACCCCCUCCUCUUGACUCAGCUUGGGUUGAAGCUACACGCAAAAAAGCUCUUCUUAAACUGGAGAAACUUGACACAGAUCUGAAAAAUUACAAAGGGAACUCCAUCAAGGAGAGUAUCAGGAGAGGCCAUGAUGAUUUAGGUGAUCAUUAUCUGGACUGUGGAGACCUCAGCAAUGCUCUUAAGUGUUACUCGAGAGCCCGUGAUUACUGCACCAGUGCUAAACAUGUCAUCAACAUGUGUCUCAAUGUUAUCAAGGUCAGUGUCUACCUCCAGAACUGGUCUCAUGUUCUGAGCUAUGUAAGCAAGGCUGAGUCUACACCAGAAAUUGCAGAACAAAGAGGAGAAAGAGAUAGCCAGACACAAGCAAUUCUCACCAAACUGAAAUGUGCAGCAGGCUUGGCCGAACUAGCUGCCCGGAAGUACAAACAGGCAGCAAAGUGCUUCUUGUUGGCAUCAUUUGAUCAUUGUGAUUUCCCUGAGCUGUUAUCUCCCAGCAAUGUGGCUGUGUAUGGUGGGCUCUGUGCCCUUGCUACAUUUGACCGUCAGGAACUGCAAAGAAAUGUUAUCUCCAGUAGCUCCUUCAAAUUGUUUUUGGAGCUGGAGCCACAGGUUCGUGACAUCAUCUUCAAGUUUUAUGAAUCUAAAUAUGCUUCAUGCCUGAAGAUGCUGGAUGAGAUGAAGGACAACCUGCUGCUAGAUAUGUACCUUGCACCUCAUGUCAGGACACUUUAUACCCAGAUUCGAAAUCGUGCCCUUAUCCAGUACUUCAGCCCCUAUGUGUCAGCAGACAUGCGCAAGAUGGCCACUGCUUUUAACACCACAGUGGCUGCUCUGGAAGAUGAACUCACUCAGCUGAUCUUAGAGGGACUGAUAAAUGCCAGAAUAGACUCGCACAGUAAGAUUCUGUAUGCUCGAGAUGUAGAUCAGCGCAGCACAACUUUUGAGAAGUCUUUGCUAAUGGGCAAGGAGUUUCAGCGCCGUGCCAAAGCAAUGAUCCUGCGAGCCGCAGUCCUGCGCAACCAGAUACAUGUCAAGUCUCCUCCGAGGGAAGGUAGCCAAGGGGAGCUCACUCCAGCUAACAGCCAAUCCAGAAUGAGCACCAACAUGUGAAAAACUACAUGUACUACCAAAAGAAAUGGUCCCUCAGGACUGUACCCAGUGUCUCACCCAGUAACUGCUGAGCUUCACAAAUUGUCCCGAUCUCCCUCACUUCUUGCUCGGAUUGAGAGUCAGGGUUGGUGGUGGAUAAUAUGAAUAUUUCAGUAACUUCAAUUUUCCUUGAAAAAAAAUUAUUUUUAAAAGCAGCAUCCCUGCAAAAGGCUCAUCAUUUCAGUUUGGUAGAAAACCUUCACUCUCCUUCACUCCAUAAAGAGCUUUCAGGUUAUUUAUACAGAUGCUGAGUUGAGAGUUUUUCAGCUGCUAUUAGUUUUCUUGUUUCAAAGCUGCAAAAAUAGUUGAAUGGACAGGCAUGAUACAAGAUGAAUUUUGCUGGCCUGAAAGUACUGCCUUGAUUUUGAGCAAUGCUGAGCUUUCUGUUUCCCAAAUAAACUUACAAGUGCAUUGCUCUCAAUUAUGGAGCUAGAGUUCUGAUGGGGGAGAUUUCCUUUGAGGAACUCUUGGAAAAUUUUCACCUGUACCAGAAAACAUGGCAUUACUUCAGUGUGUUCAGUCACAGGCCUUUAUUUUAGGGUUACGUGUUUUCCUCUUGUGUGUGACCUGGCUUUGGGGUUCAGUGUUAUCAUAGCAGUAAAUCUCUACUUCAUGCAAAUAUUAUUGCUUGCCCAUUCUUACUACCAUAGUGUGUGAUGGUUUCCCCACAUGUGCAACAGUUGUUUUGAGAAGAAUGGAUAAAUGCCAUAAAACACCAGUCAAGUCUUGUGGAAGCGCUAAGAAGAGUCAGUCUAGGUGCCCACUCUCCAUGUGCAUUUAUUCUGCUUUUCCUUUUAUAAAGGGGUUAAAGAUGGCAGCCGUGUGUGUGCGUGCGUCUGUGUGUGUGUUCUUCCUGUGUUCAUGAAAGGAGAUACGCACUGAAUUUUCUGAUGUAACUGCAGCCUUGUAUUCAUCUAAUUCAUAAGGCAAGCUGAGAAUUUUGGUCCAGCCCUGACUGGUCUGACAACUGACUACAGAUGUUACUUUUAAUGUGUUCAGGCUUUUUUUAAAAAAAAAAAUAAGUUGUUAUAUCUAGUGCAUUAAACAGCAGGAUUGAAAAGCU